AUGGCGGAUAGGAUGCAAGUGAACCGGCUAAACCAAGAGGAACUUACCUAUGAACUCAAGAUCAGAGGUAUCGCUACUGGUACUGUGGAUCAGAUGCGACAUUCUUUAGCCAUGGCGAUGAAAUUAGAAAAGUCUGGCGAUAGUGUCAAGAUGCCAACGUACCCAUAUACUAUGGAGGAGGACGUAACGGCCGUUAAAAGCAAAUUGGCUGAAUUGGAGCCAUACGUGACAGCAUUUAACAACUCGUCUACGAGUGGUGCCUUCCUAAAAUUACAAUCGAAAUUGUGUCAUACUUUGAAUAGGAUAGACCAUAUCGAUGAGGAGUCAGUGGAUCGACCGGAGUUGUUUACUAAGACGUUAACAUUAAUGGAUAUGUUGCUCAGUAAAUCUGCAGAAUUUGAAAAACCUCAAACUGCACCUCGACAAUUAAGUGUUUUAGAGCAAACACAGAUACCAUCAGGUUCUUCGAGUCCGAUACAGCAUCGUGCGACUAUUUCCAAUGUCUCACCCAGCAGAAAUCCUAGUCAAUUUACGAUGAAGCCAAUUUUACCACAUAAAUGGGAUCUGAAGUUUGCAGGGGAUAAGAAAGGUUUAUCUCUAAGUGCGUUUCUUGAACGAAUCGAGGAAUUACGCAUAGCGCGUCAUGUUCCAAAAGAGGUACUGCUUGAAUCGGGUAUCGAUUUAUUUAUCGGCAGGGCCUAUCAAUUCUACUUAGCCUACAGAAAUCAAGUAGCUACUUGGGAUGAGUUUGUCACAUUGCUGAAAGAAGAAUAUCUGCCUUCAACUUACAAUGAAAAAUUGAUAGAAGAGAUUCGUAACCGUACUCAGGGACCCGGUCAAACUAUAGGAAUCUACUUAGCAGUUAUGACCGGAUAUUUUAAUCGACUAACGUGCCCCAUCUCAGAAGAUACCAAACUUAAAAUCCUGCCGAGAAAUAUCGCCCCAUUCUACCAGAAUCAGUUGGCCUUGGUUGAAGUCACGUCUAUUGCGCAUCUCUGUGAACUCGGUAGACGUCUAGAGGCAAGAAAAGAGGCAGUUGAGAAUUUUGUAGCCCCUUCUAGGAGAACUAACGUGUUGGAACCUGAUCUCGCCUAUGUGCAGGUAUCAGAAGUUCCUGUGGGAAGUUGUUCAGCGUCAACGUCUAGUAUAGGAAGUGAUGUAGGCGGUUCCGGUAAAGAAAUUGUGUGCUACAAAUGCAAUCAACCAGGACAUAGGGCCAUAGGGUGUGCACAGAGAAGAGGAAAAUUCUGUUAUAAGUGCAAGAAGGAAGGUGUGACGGUGAAGAGCUGCCCUAACUGUGCUAAUCAGGGAAACGGUUGUCGGCACACUUAG